GAGUGUAAAUCAACAGAAAGAGGAAGAGGACAUAAAGAAAGGAAGAAAAAGGGCUGCAGGAGGAAGCAGACAAGACAAGGGGUCUCAGACUGAGAGGGAAGAUGGCUGAGCCGGAGCUGAAAUCGAGAGGCAGCCGAGAGAGCGUCGCUAAGGAGAAGAUGGGGGCGACUGGAGCAGAGCCUGAGCAAGAUGGUCUCAUUGUGGAGCAGCCAGUGGGUUCUCCGCCUGCUGCCACAGGUUCCACCAACAGCCUGCCAGGCAAGGGGGAGAAGAUUGAACUCAAACGCAGCAUCACCCUCUUCAACGGUGUCGGAAUGAUCAUCGGCACCAUCAUCGGCUCGGGCAUUUUCGUCACUCCCACAGGUGUUGUCAAAGAGACCGGCUCCGCUGGGCUCUCUCUGAUCGUUUGGUCCGCCUGUGGAGUGAUAUCCACCAUGGGUGCUCUGUGCUACGCAGAGCUGGGUACAACUAUUGUCAAGUCAGGAGGAGACUACACUUACAUCCUGGAGGUAUAUGGCGAACUGGCUGCCUUUCUGAAGCUGUGGGUGGAGAUGCUCAUCAUCCGGCCGUCGUCGCAGUAUGUGGUGUCACUGGUGUUUGCGACCUACCUUCUGAAACCUCUCUACCCCAACUGCGUCGUGCCCGACAGCGCAGCCAAGCUCAUUGCCUGCCUGUGUCUUACCUCCCUGACAUUUGUAAACUGUAUCAGUGUGAAGGCAGCAACCAAGGUCCAGGACUUGUUCACCGCUUCCAAAUUGAUAGCCUUGAUCAUCAUCAUCCUCUUUGGCUUCAUUCAGAUUUCCACAGGUGAUGUGCCAUAUCUGACCCCAGAAAAGGCGUUUGAAGGGAGCAAACUGGGAGUUGGGAAUAUUGUCCUGGCUCUGUACAGUGGUCUCUUUGCUUUUGGAGGCUGGAAUUACCUGAAUUAUGUAACGGAGGAGAUGAUCAACCCAGAGAGGAACUUGCCCCUGUCCAUCAUCAUAUCCAUGCCUAUAGUCACGGUGGUAUAUGUUCUAACCAACCUGGCCUACUUCACCACCAUCUCUCCUCAAGUCAUGAUUGAGUCAGAGGCUGUUGCUGUGAGUUUUGGGGAGUACCAUCUUGGUGUGAUGUCCUGGCUCAUUCCUGUCUUUGUGGGACUGUCCUGCUUUGGUGCAGUCAAUGGAUCACUCUUUACUUCAGCGCGUUUGUUCUAUGCUGGAGCUCGAGAGGGUCAACUCCCUGCUGCUCUGGGGUUGGUCCACACAGACCUGUUCACACCAGUGCCAUCCCUCAUAUUCACAUGUUUCCUAUCGAUGAUGUAUGCCAUCUCCCAGGACAUCUUCUCUGUCAUCAAUCUCUUCAGCUUCUUCACCUGGAUGUGUGUUGGGAUGGCCAUCGCUGGCAUGAUCUGGCUGCGCUUUACCAAACCCGACCUCAGAAGGCCCAUUAAGAUUUCUCUCUUCAUCCCCGUUACUUUUGUGUUGAGCUGCGUCUUCAUGAUCGUCGUGUCCUUUUGGGCAGCUCCCUUCGAGUGUCUGCUAGGCAGCGGCAUUAUUCUCACAGGCGUCCCAGCGUACCUACUGGGCUACAAGUGGAAAAAACCCCAUGUGGUCAAGAAGAUGCUGGAAAUCUUCACCAUGUUCUGUCAGAAGAUCUUCAUGUCUGUUCCUGAAGAGAAGGAGCAACAUGGGGCGGCUGAAUAAUGCUGGACAAACCGAGCAAGAUGAAAGACUGGGUCAAUAUUUUUGUCUGGACAUUCCUGUAAUGUUUACAUUCAUCCACAUGUGAUCGGACUUUUUUUGUUUUAACUUUAUCUGACCAGGCAGGUAACUGUGAACAUAUUCAAUAUUCGCAAGAGUGGCCUGACAAAUGGAGGAUUUGUUUUAUGAAUAUUUGAUGAAUACUGCAACUUUUCUGCAAAGAAGACCACCGGGCAUUUUACACUCCUUAUUAUGAAUUGAUUUUAAUAUUUCAGCAUAUCUCCUUAAAUGGUCAAACAUGUUGUUGAUGUUCCAUGUUAGUUAAUGGAAAGCCAUCUGUAAGUGUAUGACUGCUGCAGACAUAUAAUUACUUGUGUACUGCAAGUACACAAUCAGGAGCUGCAGUGGCCCGUGACAUACAGGUAUAUUUUUCUCCUGAAGUGUACAAAUGAAUAGCUUAGGCGGGAAAAUAUAUGUCUAAUACCACUAACAACCAAACUAGACAUAGUAUAUUAUAGUUUAGGGUUUAUAUUUAUAGUUUAUAUUGUGUUAAAAUAAAGGAUUUUGCUAUAGUUGCUAUAAUAACGUCACUUAGAGUUUAUAACUAAGGUCAGAUUUGGAAGAGGAAGAGGUUGUCUAACAAAGCACUUACUUCAUUUUCUCAUAUGGUACUAAUGUUUGUGUUAAAUAGUAAUUCAUUCUCACAUUUUACUUGAUAUUGUUUUUUUAUUUAUUGGUAAGAUGAAUUUGUAGCGCUGUCGUAAAGCACAAGCUAAAGGGAGAUGAAAGAGUGUCUGUAAUGUCUGCUUGAGCUGCACUGGGAAUCAGGUCCGUUUCUUGUAUCAUUUCAUUCUGAUAUUAAACCUCAUCGGCGCCACGUGUGACGAUACUCGAUGAAAACGAUACCAGCAUCUCCGCUUGUGCGCCAUUGUUGUGAGACGGCGUAGAUAUGCUCAGAUAUCGUAGUAGUGUUCGUAGUUAGCCUUAGUGUUUGUACUGAACGUAUUUGAUGUCUGUGCCAGCCGUGCCAGUGCUGAUAUUCUAUUUCUUUUUGUCACUGUAUGACCAAAAUGAAUGUUGCAACUUUAGAGAUGCUGGCUUUGCUUGUAAUUUUUGUAGGAAAUGUACCUGGAGAGAGGUUUGAGGUUUUCCCAGCGUAUUUCCUGGUCCAGUGAAGGCUUGGGAAGGGAGGAGCUUCUGAGGAAUGUUAAGGGGGAUUGGAAUCAUGUGGAGUGGGAAAAAGGUUUCUUACUUUUGCACACAAAGGAGAGACAGUCUCCUUACAAAUCUACCACAGAUGUACGUAUUGUCAGCCUACUCACUGUGCUGGCAGUCCAGGUUUCACAGGCCCCUUUCCAGUGAAGGGAAAGGUCUGAAAAAACAUACUAAUUCAUACUGGUUGCUAUUCCUUUAACAUUAAUGCAGAAGAAGCUUUCAGACAAGAACAAAAGAAAGUCUGUGAGAAAAAUGAUCUUUGACAUUCUCACUAGUAACAUCAGACUUUCCGUGGUGAGACACAAACAGCUCUUCUUUUUCUUUUUUUAACGGAACCCUCUUUAAUCUUAUUUCUAUAAGUUAAUGGAAAUGUGAAGUUUAAAUACAAACAUGUAAGUACAUUUGCAAUUAGCAUGCAACAAUAUUUCUCCCACUUAAAGUAUUUAAUAUGGAUUCUUUAUUAAUGCAGAUUGCAUACAGAUUUAAAAAGAGAAUAGCUGAAUGCAAAUGCUUGCAAAGUUGGCACUGUGGCCAUCUUUAAAGGUGAGCUCUCUGAAAGCACACCAAUGAACAACACAGUCCUCGAAGACACGCCCCUUACUUAAUGAAUCUACUUAAAUUAAAGCCCUGAACACACACGUGUGUCUAAAAACACACUGAUUCCAGUUACGAUGAUAAGCGGUCUCAUAUAUUUUAUUUUAUGCACAACGUGCUGCAUCGGUGUGUGUGCGUUUGUGUGUGUAAAGUAUUACUAUAUGUGAAAAUCAAUAACGCAAAUGUAAUUGAGAAUAAAGGGAGCUCAUAUUUUUGAUUCUAUAAUCGAGAGUACCUAUUGUAACUGUUGUCUGUGAGUGACCAUAGUAGGUACUGUACGUGUAAAAAAUAAAACUAUUUUGUUCAAA